GCGACCAAAACAAAACCUGAAAAAUAUUUACAUAAUGCUUUUUCUUCUUAACAAUUAGUUGUUGAAUAAACAUUUUAAGAGCUAUCAACGAAAGCUAUGUUAGAUUUUUCAAAUUUUCCGUCGGUUUGCCGCACUUGUUUCGAGUUAACACUUGAUUGCAACAUUAGUGCUUUUGCAAGGUUGGACUAUUGCAAACUCCGUUUAACAUAUGAGGAUUUAUUAAACGAACUAUCUUUCAUUCCGCCACAGGAAUACAAGAAUGAUCUACCAUCGUUUUUGUGCAAUGCAUGUGCUCAACGCAUCGAGCAAUUUUCAAAUUUCAGACGACAGACUGAACAUAUUCUCAAAUUUUCAAUCGCUUUGUUGGCGCUCAAGCAAAGAAACGAUUCUCAACCAUUGAUUGAUAUGCUCAAGUCUGACAAAUCUGAUCAAUUGCAACGCGUUUUACGCCGUUUAAAUGUUAUAGACAAUGAAGUGUUAACGAUCGACACUCUGAUUGAAAAUGUGAGAAAUGGUCAUAAAACUGAAACCAUAGAAGAGGAAGUCCAUUUGGAAGAAGUUACUGUCGAUGUUGAUCAAAAUCAAGACAUGAAUUCAGAAAAUGAAUAUUCAAUCAUUGAGACAGCUGAACAGAAAUCAGAACCCGAGGAGGAUGAAGAACCCUUCAAAAAGAAAAGGCGGAAACAGUCACGUAAAACAAUUUGCAGAGAAGGUCAAAAAUUUAAAUCUUGUCCGCUGGAGGGUUGCAAGGAAGAAUAUCUGGUUGGAAAUCGUGCUGCAUAUCUACAUCAUGAGAAGAAUUUUCACCGAUAUGGAUGUAAAGUUUGUGGACGUGUUUUAGCGUCACGAACAUCCUUCCACAAUCACGUUUUACUGCACGAUGGAGAGAAGGCUAAAGUAAAGUGCCAGUUUUGUGAGAGAACUUUCACCACUAGAGGAAGUAUGAUGGUUCACAUCAGAGAAGUGCACAACGACACUGGAAUACACUUCAACUGCCAAUACUGCGCAAAAGGAUUCAUGGAGCAAAAGAAUCUCUAUUCUCACCUUCAUGAGCAUAACGUAUGCAAAAUCUGUGAUGAAACAUUCGCUGAUCUUCCUGGUUGGAUCAGCCAUACUCGUAAGCAACAUCCUGAAACGUUAUUCACAUGUGACCAAUGCGAUCACACAUCUUUGAGCCAAGCGCUGCUGGAUCGACAUAAACGCAUGAAACACUCAGAAAAUAGCGUAGAACAGAAACCAGUUAGAUUCACAAUUUUUGCUAUCAACAGAGUUACAUUUCAUCAGUGUCCUCUAUGCAAUUUGCAGUUUACGAGUGAAGAAUUUUUGCUUCAGCACAAUACUCAAGUUCAUAAUCAAACGCAAGAGGACAAGCAAGUUCGAUCCACGGCUAAGCGGAGAUCGAGAGAAGAAAGGGAAAAAUUCGCUCUUCGAUACAGUUGUGACGAUUGCGGUAAAAUGUAUCGGUUUAAGAACUCGUUGUGGUCCCACAGGCACAAAGAACACAGCGUCGAGCAAAAGACGGUCAUAUGUGAUACAUGCGGUCAUCAUUUUAAACACCAUUCCUAUCUCUCCGCUCACAUAGCUAACAAACAUGCCACGGAGUUCCCUUUCCGUUGUGAAACUUGUCCAAAAGCGUACUCCCAAGCAUACCUUCUCAAGGAGCAUAUGAAAUCGCACGACACAGAGAAGCGUCACAAGUGCCCUCACUGCAACUAUCGAGCCAAGCAAUCUCACCUGCUGAAAGACCACGUGAUACGAAUGCACUCAACCGAACGGCUAGCCAAAUGCAGCGAUUGCGAUAGAGCAUUCAUCAAUAAUGGCGACCUGAAGAAGCACAUGGCCGUUCACAGUGCCAAUAUGCGUUUCCAGUGUGACGAAUGCGAUCAAGUUUUCCGGCGGAAGAUGGAUCUGGGCAGACACACAGCUCGUGUACAUGUGGCGAAAGUGACUAAAAAGCGUAAAUUGAGUGAUAAGGUUUCGAACAUCAAUAAGAGUGCACAGGAUAGCGAUCAAACAACUCAAACAGUUAAAAAGAUAAAUGUCAUGAAACCAAGAAACAAUGAAGGUGUUGAAUCAUCCAAUUAAAAACUUCGAAAAUAAACGUUCACGAAACCAGUGAAUAACAACUAA